AUGUUCAGCUUACUACCAAUCAUCACUUCCAUCCUUGUAUUGGCAGAAUUUGUACUUGGAAAUUUUGCCAAUGCCUUCAUAACACUGGUGAUCUGCACUGAUUGGGUCAAGAGAAGAAAGCUCUCCUCAGUUGAUUGGAUUCACGUUGCCUUGGCGGUCUCCAGAAUUGUUUUGCUCUGGGUAAUAUUAAUAUUUUGGAAUGCAACUCUAGUUAAUCCAACUUCAUAUAAUCGAAUUGUAAUAUACAUUAUUAUUGUUGCCUGGGCAGUAACCAACCAUUUUAGUGUGUGGCUUGCUACUAGCCUCAGCAUAUUUUAUUUGCUCAAAAUUGCCAAUUUCUCCAACCUUAUAUUCCUUCGUCUAAAGAGGAAUGUUGACAAGGUAAUUCUCUUUGUACUUCCUGGGAGUUUUGUGGUUUUCUUUUGUUAUCUUUCAGUGAAAAACAUGGAGUGGACUGUGGGGAUGAGUGAAAAUGAAGGAAAUGCGACUUGGAAGACAGACUUGCUGAGCAUCUUACACAUUUCUGAUCUAAGUAUUUUGACCAUAACAAACCUCCUACCCUUUACUACAUCCCUGAUAUGUUUUCUGCUGUUAAUCUAUUCCCUGUGCAAACAUCUCAGGAAGAUGCAGCUCCAUGGCAGAAGACUCCAAGAUCCCAGCACCAAGGUCCAUGUAAAAGCCUUGCAAACUGUGAUCUCCUUCCUCUUGCUGUUUGUCAUUUACUUUCUUUCUAUAAUUAUAUCAGUUUGGAGUUCUAACAGGCAGAAGAAUGUACCUGUUUUCUCACUUGGCCAAGCUAUUGAAUUAACCUAUCCAUUAAGCCACUCAGUUGUAUUGAUUUUUGGAAACAGGAAGCUGAAACAAGCCUUUCUGUUACUUGUUUGGCAUGUGAAGCACUGGUUAAUAGAAACCUUUAGCUCCAUAAGUAUCAGGAAAUAA